AAAUAUCUAUAAACUAGUGUUAAACUAAAUUUGAGCUAAGUCAUCUACAUUCGUCAUUUGCUUAAUAUUGCGUACGCUGAUAAUAUUACUAAUACUAUUACUGAAGUCUCCUUCCAGAGCGCUACCAAAAGUCCGGUAUUUCGUUUAGCGUCGAUCGUAAAAACAGCAGUGUGCAAAAAGGUUAUCUGUAAAAUAAUUGAUAAAAGAGUGCCAAAAGCACCAAAGGUAGACUCAUUAACUUUGCACACGGCGACGACGGUUUAGAAAAGAUUGCGUUUGUUUACAUGCAUGUACAUAUUGAGCAGGUCAGUUUAGGUAUAAAAAUAAGUUUGUUUUCUCACCGAACAACAUUCACUCAUCAGAGUUUGAGAAAAACACAAAGUAAGAGGAAUUUAUUUACUUAAAAAAAGAGUAGCUAAGCAAAUAACUUAAAAACAAAAUGGUCUGCAAACAAUGUAUAAACACCUGCAAAUGUACCUCCACUAAAUGCGGUGAUAAUUGUUGCUGUGAUAAGGAUUGCAAUUGCUGCUGUAAGAAUGGACCCAAGGAGCAAUGCUGUGCCAACAGAAAUUGUUGCUGAGUUUGUUUAUACAGUUUAACAAAAAAGAAAAAUGUAUUUCUGUGCCAUGAUGUUAGUAUUUAACAAUUAAAAAUAAAAAUUAA